AAAUUUUCCUUGAUUUUUAUUGAGAUUCUUUCAAAUGCACAAUAAAAUUGUGAAAUUGUGAAAACAUACCUGGCAAGUUUCAAUUUUCUAACCUCAACUAAUGGGACCAGACCCCCAAAGAGAAGUUCCCGACCUUUGCUAUAAUUUUCAAUGAAAUAUUUAAAUCUUUAGAAUUAACAAGUUAAAAUAAUACAUUUGUAUAAUUAUGAAGCUGACUGACGCUUUACAGUUUUAUAUUCGUUACAGAAGAGUUCCAGGUUUAAUCAGAUUUGGGUAAGCCGGUAAACUGAGUCUAGCUGAUUCAGAAUCAGACCCUGACACUUACUCUUACUAGUAUCGUAUUAGUAGUUAGUGACUUGUGAGUAGCUCAAGUUCAGUGAUUGAAAAAUUAUUGUAGACUGUAACUCUACUGUAACUGUAAGUUGUCUGUAAGAGGCCUAUAUUUAUGUACCAAGGCCGAAUUUAGUGGCUUAGAAUAUUGCUAAAAAUUAUGAAACAGGUUUAGUAGGAAACUAUAGUAUAUAGGACAUGAUAGGACUAAUGGUAAAUUACGUCACUGUAACUGAAUAAUUAAAUACAACUAACAACUUACUUAGAGUUAAGUGUCAUCAUCAGCAUGUAUUGAGAUUUUAAUUUUAGUCUGUAGACUAUUUGUAUUGUAUAUAACUUAUUUGUAUUGAAUAAUUGUAUUUAAUUUACAUGUAAGUUAUGUAAGCCAACAAUUGAGAAUCUAGUUUUGUGAAUGAUUCUUAAUGGUAAUAGGGAUACUAACAAUACUAUACUACUUAUAUAUUUAGAAAGAAGAGUAAAGUGUAAAGUAUGACUAUGAUGAGCUUAUACUUAUAACUUAUUAUGAUAAUAUUAAUUACGAAGUGUCUACAGGACGGCUAGUAGUUGUUAUUAUUCUUGGUAGAGAAAUAGAUUUUAAAAUUAACAAUAGUUUUGAAUCAUUCGCAGUCACGUGACAAGGCUGGCCGACAAGAUAUCUCACGCCACUUUGUAAAGGCGGUCAUGUGACUUGGUCGCCGGACUAAUAGUGCGGGAGAUAUGCGGACGUAUAUACGGGCGUGCCGGACUGUAGACACGGCCUAUUAAUUAUUAUAUAGAUCCAAAAAUAAGUCAGGCCACUAAUUUUUUAAAUUAAAUUAAUGAUAAUGGCAAUAAAUAAAAGUGUCUACAUGCCUACACAAACAGGGUUUUGGCGUAUUUAUUCAGUUUUAAAAAAUUAGUUUCAUCUUUUGUUGUAGUCUUAAAUACUUGUGUAGGCAGGGAUUAUGUCAUGCCUUUUCAAUUUUUCUGAAUGGGGAAUUUAGGUUUUUUAAAAAUUAAAUUGACAUUGAUAUCAUUUUAUCCUGAAUCAAAAUAAAAGGCAUUAUAUAAACUUUAUAGUUAGGCAAGCAAAGUCAGCCAAAAACUUACCUGAGAAUCCUGAACCACAAAACAUUUUGAAUUUGUUUUUGUAUGAUGAAUUUUUUAGAGUUUUGAAAACUGAGACAAACAGAUAUACCUCUCAGUUCAUAAGCUCAGACAAAAUACAAGAUUGGCUUUCCACUCAUCCCAGAUCAAGAUAUGGAAAAUGAUCUAAAGAUGGAGUGGCAGUUAGGCAAUUAAAAAAGUAUAUUGGACUUGUAUUAAAUAUGGGACGAACAAAGAAAAAAAAUCUUGAUGCUUACUGGACAGUUUGUCAAUCACGGACAACACCAUAUUUUUUAAGAGCAUCAUGACUUAUGAUGAAUUUAUCUUAAUUUCAAGAAUUUAUGCACAGAAUAAUGUGCAAGAAGAAAAACGAAGAGGAGAGGAAGGCUUUGAUCCUUGGUCUAAGGUCAGAUGGCUACUUGACCAUAUAAAUCAUGUCUCCAAAUUUCUUUACAUUCCAUCUCGGCAAAUCAGCAUAGAUGAAAGCCUAAUUGGAAUGAAAAAAUCGUAGUGUUUUCAUCCAGUAUAUGCCCAAUAAGAGACAUGCUCGAUUUGGAAUUAAAAAAUACCAUGUUACAGCAACGGCUAUGGGUACCAUAUGGAAAUGUGCAGUGGAAAGGACUUUGACAUUAGGUAUGAUGAAGGUCAAGCCUUUGGUGUGGUCCUAACCCUCAUCACCAAGAGUAACUUACUCAAGGGCUACCAUUUAUUCACUGAUAAAUUUUACACAAAACCAAACCUGGCAGAAUAUCUGUGCCAAAAUAAAACUCUACUAACUGACUUACUGGCACUGUCAGGGCCAACUCUAAAGGUAUGCAGAGGACAAUUUCUGAGACCUUCGGGUUGGCGAAGGCCGUUUUUUUAGAAAAGAAGAUGGCUCUGUUCUGGCUUUAGCCUUUAGGGAGAAGAAAUCUCGUACAAAGCCAGUGAUUCUUCUCUCUACUGUUCAUCAAGCUGGCUUACAAAAAAGAGUAAUUAAGGGCAAAGCCGAUUGCAAUCUAUGAUUAUAAUUCUUUUAUGGGGGUGUUGACAUCAGCGACAAAAAAAUUUACCACAAUGCUGAGGAGGUACUGGAAAAUAAUAUUCCAUAACCUUAUUGACACAGCCAUACUGAAUUCAUGGCUCCUAUACAACAUGGUUUCUAAAGUGCUCUUAAGUAGAGCAAAUUAGAGCAGAAGUACAAAUGCCUGCCCCUGAACCUCCUGUUAUGCAUUAUAGACUUGUGUUUCUUGAUGGGAAGAAAGAAAUGGACUAUUUCGUAUGUAGUCACCGUAUAAAUUAUAAAUAAUAAGGAAAAAAAGUACUGGCUGCAAAAGAUCAAGACACUGGUGUCAUGAAAAAUGUGAGCCUCAACUUGAACAUGUCAUUAACCAAAGCCUUAAGAAGCGAAAAUGUACCAAGAACAAAAUAAUUGUAGGUUGUUCUAUGUAUGUUUUCUACUUAUAUUUCAUUUUAUGGAUUAAAAAGUUAUAUAGCAGCUUUGAAAAUUUUAUCUGUUUCUUCUUGAUAUUUAGUACUGUUUAUAUUGUUUAUGUCGUGCUUGGUUACUUGAACGUAAUUAUAAGUAUCAAAAGAAUUUUUUUUUAAAAAUCUUUUAAUAACUAAAACAUAUACAAAUUAUACAUUUUCUGAAAGAUAAAUAAAAAUGCUAUCAUAUUAUAUAAACAUUAUAAAAGUAUGCCUUUAAAAAAAAUGUAUUGAGGUAUUUUCUUUAUUCUUGUUUACCGUACUCAAAAGUCAUGGUCAGGGAUAUAAAAUAUCAUUAAAAAAAUAGUCAGUUGUUGUUCGUCCGUCAAAAUCGACUAGGAAGGACCAUCGAGUCAUCCAGUUAGGGGGAGGGUGGGUUAUGGUGAGCUCGUAGGUGGCUUGCUAGUCCGAUCCGUGCUCGGAAUAAUCUCAGGUACUGUAGGCAGGGGAUAGUAGCUGCAGUCGGUGAUCUUUCAGGCUAGCCUGCAUGUCUCAGCUGUGGUUAUCCUACAGGCUUCAUGAGAUUUAGCCCCCUUCUUGACAGCUGCUCUCCACUGGGCUCUGUCCUGGGCUGUCUGCACCCAUUGAGUAGGGUUGAUGCUGAAGGCUUUAGUGCCGCUUUCAGUGAGUCUUUGCAACGCUAUUUUUUACCUCCUUGGGAGCGCUUGCCUAUCGUGAGUUCUCCAAAGAAUAUCUGUUUCGGGAGCCGGUGGUCUUCCAUAUGGGCUACGUGUCCCAUCCAACAGAGUUGAGACUGCAUCAGGGUGGUAAAGAUACCAGGUAGGUUCGCUCUAGUGAGGACCUCAGUGUCGGGGACUUUGUUUUGCCACCUGAUGCCGAGGAGUUUCCUGAGGCAGGUAGUGUGAAAAUGAUUCAGUUUCUUGGCGUGACGCUGGUAGACUGUCCACGUUUCACAUCCAUAGAGCAAUGUUUAGAGGACUGCUGCACUAUAGACCUUGAUCUUCGUUUCCCGUCUGAUACCUCUCCUGCCCCAAAAAGUGCUGCGGAGCCUGCCAAAUAUGGCACUAGCUUUUGCGAGUCUGGCAUUCAUUUCAUCAUCCAUGAUGACAGAUCUAGAGAAUUGUGCUACCCAAGUAAGUAAAUGUAUCCACUGUGUUAAAACUACACUGUCCGCUGAUGAUGAUGUUGGGUUUAACGUAGGGCUUACUGGGAGUUGGCUGAUACAUCACCUCAGUCUUCUUUGUGUUGAUUGUGAGGCCAAAGUUAUUGCAGGCCUCAGAGAAGACAUCAACACUGUGUUGCAUGACGGCUUCUGGGGCAGCGUUGAAAGCACAAUUGUCUGCAAACAGAAGCUCGUUAAUGGUGUUAUGUUUGACCUUGGUAUUAGCUUAAACCCUCCUAAAGUUGAAGACUGAUCCAUCGGUGCGAAACCAGAUUGGCAAACCCCUGGUGGAGUCCUUGAACGCAUCAAACAGCAUUGCAGAAUACAUAAUACUAAAGAGUGUGGGAGCCAGGACACAGCCCUGCUUCACACCAUUUGUGACAGGGAAUGCUUGAGAUGACUGACCAUUGUCCUGCACUGAGGCUGUGAAAAGAGACAUGACAUUCAUCCCACAUGGCUAAAUACAAUAAAUAAAUACUUUAUGAGGUCUAGCUAUAGCAUUUGCAUGUGUAAAAUCACAUUUUUCAAAGGCACCCAUAAAGCUCUGAAUUGCCUGCACAGUACAGAAAAAUACAAUUGAUUGUUCAUGGAUUAAAUAAUAAUAUCUCAGUGGCUAACUAAACUACAUAUAUUUUUUUUUUAAAUCAAUUUCAUGAUUUUUUUUGGGGUCUCUUCAGAAAGUUUAAAAAUAAAUUAUUAAAUUUGUUUGUAUGGUUGAAAACCUGAUCAGCAAAGGUUUUUAAUUGGAGCUAUUUGUUAAUUUUAUUCACAGAAAGACCAGGGUGAUUCCUCCAAUCAGUAUUAAUUUGAAGCGUAAGGUUGCCAAGUUGAUGGUCAUCGAGAAAGACAAUAUUGAUCUGCUAAACAAACCUUAUUUGUCUUUGGUAAGUGUAAUCAAUGAAAGAUUUAUGAGUUGACUCACUAAAAUGAAACUACAUGAUUCCAUCCUUGGUUUUGUUCUAAAAAUAGAAAUAAUUAUAUUUUUAAAAUGCCAGCGUUAAUUAAGUUUGUCCUGAAAAUCCAAAAUAGACUUUUUUCCUUAUGCAAGGAAUGAGGGGAAAUAAACCAGUUGGAGCUGUCUUUUUUUUUUUUUUUUUUUUUUGGCAACAACUCCACCUUAAUUUGAAAACGAUGGCCCCAGGGGAAGCUUUUUUUAAAGCUCCACCAUUUUUUUUUUUUUUUUUUUUUUUUUUUGGCAACAACUCCACCUUAAUUUGAAAACGAUGGCCCCAGGUGAAGCUUUUUUUAAAGCUCCACCAUUUGUGCCAUUCUGCUUCCCAUCAAGGUGAUGUCACAGAGCAGCUCUCCUAGUUAUGCCACUCCAAACCUACUUGUUAGUUAGUGUGGAAAAGGCUAACCAGACAAAAGUAUAUUUUGUAAUUGUAACUCAAUAUAUCUAUUGGGAAUUCUCAUUUACAGAAAAAAAAAAAUGGUAAGAUAUAAUAUGUCAAGUCAGUCUUGGUGUCCAGUAAAUUAGAGGUCAUGGCCAUGUUGUCUCCAAAGGCUGGUAAUCACAUGCAUAGAAAAAUGGAGUUUGGUUCUAGAUAUGCCCAUUUCAAAUUAUUAAAAUCACAAUACAAUUAAAGUAUUACCCAGAGUUGAUUUCGUUAUCCAGUAUAAAGUUAAAGCAGUUACAAAAUGAAAAUAGUAGACAGAUGUUUUUUGCUCUAUCAUAAUCAAUGGUUCUUUGUUAGGUGUAUUUCUUUGUUUAUAUUAAAAUUUGUAUAGUCAGAUGUUUGUUGCUCUAUCAUAAUUAAUGGUUAUUUGUUAGGUGUAAUUCUGUGUUAAUAUUUCUGAGCUUAAACUUCUUAAAAAGCGACUUUCAGAAAACAUUGAAAAUUAAUGAUUGUUAAAUUACUUUGUUUACUUUUUUGUCCAUGAUCUUGCAGGCUGAGGAGACAGCAUAUUACAGUGUUGUAGAGCGGGUGCCAUAUAAAAAUGACAAGAUUAAGAAAGAAGAGGAAGACCGGGACAAAAUUGAUGAUCUCCGCCCACAUUAUACCACAGCAGAAAUGCUUGAUCACUUGAAGAAAGACAAAAAAUGGGAAUAAGUCUUAGCUAUGUGACAUAUUCAUUCAUGUGAGAGGGGUGUGUGCACUAACUUAAAAUAAGAUGUGUGAUGUGUUGCUGCAGGUGCUUGACAGAAUGGUUUCAUCAGUUCAUCAUAUUUUUUGUUAGAAAGUGAUUUCAAAGGGUGAGGUAAUUCAAUCUUCUCUUUGAUAGCUUGCUUGGCUAGUUGAUUUUUUUUAAAUUUUAACCAAAUAAACUCAGUAAGUAAGUGAUUUUUAAACUGCCUGAUUUUUAUUUAAUUAUGGCAUGUGUGACAUCUCAUCGGAUAAAUAAAAAAUGUGUAAUUGUUUUUGAGAUAUAUUUUAUAUAUAUAUAUAUAUAAGCCUAAGUAUAUAAAACUAGUGAAACGUAAAAGGAAAUUGGGGGAGGGGGGAGACCACUUGUCAUAGUGUACUCAACCAUUUAGAAAAAACUUAUUUAAGUGAUAGAGUGUCCAAUUAAUGACAAAUAAAUGAAAGUCUUGAAAAAUGAAAGUUAUUGAACUCUACUGGUUUUUGGGGAUUGUGUGUGUGUGUGUGUCAAUUGUAAGUAAAAUCAAGUUAAUGUCCCAAAUAAAUUUUUAAAAAUGUUAACAUGUUAGAUUUACUUCAAUAAGACUAGAAUAUACCUUAGCUCCGAAACAUUUGUCCAAAUUGAGACAAUCAAUCAUGUGUAUGACUAAUUUGAUGAAAUGGAGUGAGGACAGUUAAGUAAUAUUAUUAUUUAAAUAAUCAUAAGAAGCUAGGAUAUUAUCAUAUGAAACAAGUCAUAAUAUGAUUGAAUUUAUUAUAUGUAGUUGAAGCAAGGAUAAUAAGUAUCAUGAAAAAAAAUUAUAUGUAAAGAAUGAUCAAAAUGCUGCAGAUUUGUAUUAUUUAAUCCAACAUUUAAAUGUUAAGAGUAAGGCACAAGAAUCUGUUUGAAGCAUACAGUUUAACGACCUUUGGUAGUCAUUGGAAGUCAAAUGCAGGCUACUCAUCACAGGCACUGGCGUAGCUAGGGUUGAAGGUUGCUAGCCUUGAUGUCACCCCCACCCCCAAAUUCUUCUUGUUAAAUAAGUCCACAGAAUAACAAUCACAAGAGCAAAAACAAAUUAAUUGAAGGUCAGGAAGUGAAAGAAUAUAAUAUAAAUAUUGCUACUGUAAUCCUACAUAAGUUUUUUUUAAUGUACUCUGUUUCUUGUUGUACUUCUCUUAGUCCUGUUUGCUGAAGAUGGCUCUAAGCCAAGACGCUCACAUCUCAUUGUCCUCUCUUUUAAUUCAAGCUGCAACAUACCUUGUUCUACUAUUGCAUUCAAUUCAGACAUCUGGUCAAUGUGUGAUAUAUCAGAUGUAAUGUCAAACAUAAUUCUAAAAUACCUUGCAGCCUUUAUAUCCAUAAGAAUCUCCUUCAUGUGAUUUGCAAGGACAUUUAUAAAUUCAUUUUGGGUUUCUGGUGAAAGGUAAGAUGCAGAUGAUUUUACUCUAGAUCAGGGGUGUCAAACUCAAUCGCUCGGCGGGCCAAAACUCAAAUCACAUGUAACGUUGCGGGCCGAACAGGAUUUGCAUUCAAUAAGCUGAAAAUUAAUCUUUUUUAAAAACAUUUAUACAAAUAAAAACAGAAAAAAGUUUUAAUAAUUAAAAAUCAUUUGCAUACCCAUUUUCGUUCUUAUGCCAAUUUGUCAGAGCUGGAUGUUUAACAUCUUUUCUUGGCUACAAGUUCGUUUAUUUUGGGAGUAAUGCUCUGUGUCAUUGAGAUUCUCAUUAUGGACUGCAAGUGUUCAUCAGUGAGACGACUCAUGUGUGAUGUAUUGUUAAUAUUCAUCACAGAAAACAGCUGCUCACACAUAUGUGCUACCCAACAAGGUUCUCCCUAUUUUAAUAAUUUCAAACUGAAAAUUAUCUGCAACUGGUACAUUCCAGAGAGAGGCAUCUGACAAAGUAUUCCAGUUUUUCUCAUUAACCAUCACAUUUACUGUAUCUUAGUUUGAAUCAACAUUAUCAACACUGUUUCCAUUUUCAAACCACACACAUCUUUUACUUGUAUUUCCAUGUCAGUCUCUUCCAUUGUGUGCACUAUUUACUGUUGAAUGCAUGCUGCUGUAUCAGAGGAAUCAGUGUCAAUGGUAGGCUGAGGAACGUCUUUUGACGAACCCUGGUCAUUAUUUGGUUUCUUGACAUACCCAGUACAGAAGAAUGGAUCCUGGUAGUGAUUUUAGCGAGUCACUUCUUUUCUUUUUCACUUUUUGCUGCUGGCAGCCACUAGGCCAUUUUGAUUUGUGCAUGCUGUGCGGCAUGAUAGAAUAAUCUUGAACAAUAAAAAUGUUUUAACUGCUUCGUGUUCAAGACAACAAAAUAAUUACUUAGAAAGUUCAAAAACAACAGUCAGAGCACUAUCCAAAAUACAACAGAUGUUAAUGGGCGUUGCUAGUGACGAAUCUGUGAAAAGAUUCAUUUUUGAAUAUUUCUAGGUUUAAAUGUAUUUGGUUUCAAAAAUCAUUUUAUUUAUAUUUAAAUAGGUUUUAAAUAAUUAUUUAAAUAUAUAAGAAAAAUUUUUAAAAUAUUCUGUAAACCCCAUAAAUGGGUGAAAAGUCAUUUAUGUUUUUAAUUGUUACCAAUACAAUUCAUGGACUUACAAUCGCCCGACCACAUCAUAUUUGGUAUCAAUGCAAAACUUGUAUUUCUCUGAAUUUAGAUAAAUAUAGCUUCCUGUCACUUACGAAAAUUACUGAACACAUCAAUGGGUCAAAACGAUGUCUUUCUGACCUAUUUAUAGGGCCUCUUCAUUUCUGACACAUUAACAUUGAACUUUUAAUAAAGCAUGAAAUUGGAUUGUUAUAUGUGUGGUAAAUUUACAUGUAAUCAGCUAUCCUUUAUACAAAUUCUUUUAGACCGAGCAGUGUAAAUAUGCAGUUUUUCAAUUGGUGUCACCCCUUAAGAUGGUGUCCCCCGGUGCGAUCCGCACCCCCUAGCUACGCCACUGAUCACAGGUAAUCCACCUGUAUUGAAAGUGAAAAUUACCAAAAAUUCACAACAGCAGAGCUCAUGUAUAAGAAAUAGCAGAAAUUUCAUUUGACUAAAAUAAGCUCUUACCCUAGGUACAAUAGUCACAUGACUGCUUUAAUGAUAUUGUUCAUUCCACUUACUGCCUCUAACAAAGAAUUUAGUUCAGUUAGUUUACAAAUGAAGCCAUUAGAUCAACUGUAAUACAUUGCAUCAAUUCAUCAAAAAACACAGAAACAUUUUUUUUUAUUUUCCUAAAGUAAUACUGGAAUGGACAAUGACCAUUGGUCGGUCCAUCAUUCCUUCUAGUGAUUAUAUAAUCAAUGAUACAUCGCUACUAGGGGUUUCUUAACACUUAUAUAAUUCAUUGCAACCAGGCACACAAAAUUGUUUGGUCUGCAAUAAAUAAUUGACAGAAAUAUUCAAAUUCAAUCCAACAAAAUAACUGCCGUAACAUAGAAAUAUUCAAAGCAACAAAAAAAAAAAAAAAUUCUUGUCAGUUUUCACUCAAACAUGCAAUGAAGAUUAUUUAAGGGAAAGACAACUAGAUCAUUACAGAUUUUGUCACUAGAUUCUUUACUGCAUUUCUCCAACUGUUGGCUUGUAAACCUAUAAAUGGGGAAACUUCUACUUCUAAUCAAUGUUUACUAUUUACAGGACAUCUUAAUCUUAUAUACUUCAUACAAUACCAAUAAUAAUCCAAAGAUAUUUUAGAUAUUGACAUAACACUAUGUGGAGAGCCAUUCAACUUAACAAGUCAUCUGCACUCAUCCUUACUGAACUUAAGACAUGUAUUAACAACUCUGUGUGGAGAGCCGUUCAACUUAACAAGGCAUCUGCACUCAUCCUUACUGAACUUAAGACAUGUAUUAACAACUCUGUGUGGAGAGCCGUUCAACUUAACAAGGCAUCUGCACUCAUCCUUACUGAACUUAAGACAUGUAUUAACACAUUGACAACAUAACUCCACACAGCAACAUUUUCCACACACUGAAAGCAUAUCCCAGACAGUGACAGCAUAAUU